UCUGAUGCACCCCUACCCUGUAUUGUGUUGACAAGCGUGUCAUAGUUGUCCUUGGGGUUUGCAGUUAGUAGCUAGAAACACACGUUCACUUUGACCACAUGAAGUUAACCGUGAGUUCAGCUACAAGUCUAAACUAGGUCACAAGAUAGCCGGGAAAAUACUACGGCCCGCGACAACAUCGCGUAUACGCCUUCGUAUCUUCCACGGGCACCUGACGACAGUCGCACUGGCCUGAGGAGAUGAUAUGUACAGCCAUUGGGUGAGGAGACUGCCAUGAUUUAUAACAGUGCAAUGUGUGGUCUUGGGGCUACGUGGUGACAGCGUUGUUGAUGACAUUCCCGAUGAGAAUAUUCUCCGGUCAGACAGUCUAUCAACGAGGUCUAAUUUUAUGUGGAAACUGUGAAUAUGGGUUUGUUGUAAGCGGUGGGAUGUUCAGUAACUCUUGAUGAAAAGCAGUGAUGUUUACUGCAUCAGGCGCCAUGUCAUUGGCUUCCUGUCGGCGGUGGAGGCGAAGAUCAGGACUGAUUUUUCUGUUGUCUGUGGGUGCAUCAUGCCUGUGGGUGUCUCUCUUCCUUCCCGGUAAUCAUUCCUUUGGACACCGUCUGUUUCCGCUGACGAAUUUACUUCGCGGAUUUUCGCGAGCUUACGAUAACGUUAACGGGAAUGUUGACCACUUUGGGUCUUUGGACACUAAGAAUGGCCGCUUUCGGUGGUUUGGACACCUGCCUGGACAAACGAAUUCCUCUGAAGGUGAGUCUAAUUUUGAAGUUGAUGACUACGACAUGGGUAACUAUGACGACGUUGUCUCGCCUGUCAACCCUUCUCUGGCAGAGGAAAUGUUGUACUACCCAAAUGAGACUCACACUGCUAAAGUGCUCAUACUAAGCCCAAUACACAAUGUUGAAAAACUGUUACCGCAUUACGCGGACAUGCUGAGGUCGCUGACAUACCCUCGACAGCUGAUUUCCGUGGGGUUAGGCGAGGACAGCAGCAGAGAUAAGACGAUGAACGUCGCGAAACAAAUCGCACGGGAACUCUCCAGACAUUUCUCGAAGGUUUUGGCCAUUCACUUGAACAUUACGGGAGGUAUACACGGAGACUGGGAGACCAUACAUGAUCGCAACACCCAGCUGUCACGCAGGAGUCACCUUGCUGAAGCCCGUAACCUUCUCCUGAAGGCCAGUCUGAGGGACGAGGACUGGGUGUUAUGGGUGGAUAGUGACGUGGGCUCAAUGCCGCCUGACAUUAUACAGCAGCUCCUCUCUGCUCACAAAGAUAUCGUCGUGCCUUCUUGCGUUAUGAGAGACCCGGAGAGUGGUCACACGCGAAUCUACGACAAAAACACCUGGCGAGAGACAAAGCAGUCUCUAAAGAGGCAAAUGUCUCUCCCACCGGAGGAUCUUGUGCUCGAAGGCUAUGGUCCUUCCUACCGAAUAUGGCUGUCCAAUCUGCGCAACGAAGGCCGAGUUGUCCCCCUUGAUGGUGUAGGUGGCUGCACGUUGUUGAUUAGAGCAGACUGUCAUCGCAAAGGACUGGUGUUUCCAAAUCAUGUGUACAAUCACCACAUAGAGACCGAGGGCCUGGCGAAAAUGGCUAAGGAUAUGAAGUUUGGCGUUUAUGGGAUGCCAUUUGUUGAAGUGAUGCAUUUAUAACAAAUGAAAGCGGCUCUUCGCAGAUUUCGUUUUAAGUAGGCUAUAAAAUGGGCCGUGCAAUGAAUGCACUCCGGAUUCUUGGUCUUUCAAUAUUAACUUAAAAGAAAAGAAAAACUUUUAAUAACCUUCUUUUCUGAACGUUGAAAAAUAAAGCCGUAAAUGGUAUCAUUUAUUUUUUGACAGAGAGUCAAAUGCUCUUAUUGUUAAAGUGGGCUGUAUAAAACGCACUGAUAGGUCAAACUACUGAUGAAAGAAGUAUUUUUUAUUAUUAUUUGUCUUUCCGGUGUAAAACAGGUCUUUCAUUGUAGACUAUAACAUGACUCAACUUUAGAUCUUUUUUAAGAUUGCAUAUGGCCCCAAAAGCCGACCACGCAAAAAGCCCACUUUACAAUGCCACCGUUUACUCAGAUUACGACGACUUCAGUUUACAUUACUCUUUCACGUUUUCACCGAUAUAAUAUUUUACAAAUUUGUACACGAAAGAAUGGGGAGAGUCUAUCAGUUAUACUCUCGACGUUAGAAUUCUAUGUACAACGAAUUAUUUGAUUUGAAUAUUAUAACUUCAAAGAAUCAUAAUGUUUACAACCUGUUAUAAUAUGUUGGUAUGCUAGUCUUAAUUUUAGGAUUCUUUUGAGUGAGCUGUAUUCCGUUUCAAUGAUUAUUAUGCUUCAAGUGUUUACCGGAAAAUGUGUUCUAUUUCAGUCUAGGGAGAAUCGUUUUCUUUGUUACAGUUUGUGUAGUGAUGGAAGUCACAUGCACGCUGAUGGAUACAUUAGUGUUCUAAAGUCUCCUGUAAGCCUAGACGUCAGUUCAUGUAUACGUCAUUUCAUACAAGUCAUGUCAUGUGUAGACGUGCGUGAGGCUUUAUAGACAGACAGCUAAUGUUUAAUUAUAUGCAUGUUAUCGUAUUUUUACGAAUGGAUACCGUCAAUCACGCAUGCACCGGACCAUUUACACCCAGGCAAUUUUCCAAAACAUUCAUCGUACAUGACUACAAAUAAACAAACGAUGAUAGCGAAUUAACUACUUUCUUUACAAAAAGCAAGACUAUUCAGGUAAUUUUAACUCUUAUAUACAGCUUGUUACCCGUAUAUCUUCAAAACUAUUUAGCCAAAUGUAAUGAAACACAAAGACACAGGAGCCUCUCACCAAUGCGAUCGAUGUGAAGUCUUGUGAGUAAUUUUUCCCCUACUUUCUCAGAUCAUGUUUUUCUAUUUUGAUUUGAUUGGUGUUUUACGCCGUACUCAAGAAUAUUCACUUAUACGACGGCGGCCAGCAUUAUGGUGGGUGGAAACCGGGCUGAGCCCGGGGGAAACCCACGACAAUCCGCAGGUUGCUGACAGACCUUCCCACCUACGGCCGGAAAGGGAGCCAGCAUGAGCUGGACUUGAACUCACAGCGACCGCAUUGGUGAGAGGUAUCCUUUUUUAUAUUUGGCUCUUUAGCUCUUGUAAACAGAGUGCCUCCAAAACCGUAUGCUGGGCAGUAAUGUGUGCAAUAUAUGUGGUUAGUGGACACUGCCAUGACUAGCUGCAGGGGCAAGGGGGGGGGGGGGGGAGGUGUUCUCAGCGCAGGUUCAGGUUUAAAAGCACAAUAGUCUUAACGCCAUCAUUCAUCAAUUAUAGUGCUUCCUACAUGAUAACAUGUCCUUUGGAUAUUAUCAUGCGUUUAUUUUGACAACACAUUGCAACGGAUUUAGGGUUUAUGCAUGUAUUUAAACAGUUGACACAGACAAGAAUGUUUAGCUUCACCCAGUUCUAUAGCAAACGAAAACCAGAAAUUUUUCAUCAGUUCAUAGAAAAUAUAAGACAACAGAACAUUGCCUUUUUGAUAUUUUUCUACAGUUUCACCUUUUUGGGCGAUUUGUGCCCAGACCGUUGAAAUAAUUGUUUUCUUGUAAUACUUGAAUACUACUUACAAGUCACACAACCGGCCCGGAUAGCACAGUUGGUAGAGUGUCCGCUUCGGGACCGGUAGAUCCAGGAUCAAUCCUUGGUCGAGUCACACCUAAGACUUUAAAAGAGGAAGUUGUAACUUCCUCGCUUGGCGUUCAGCAUGAAGGGGAUAGUGCAACGACUGGUUGACCCGUAUCAGUAUAAUGGUUCGGGCGGGGCGACUUACUAGCCUUCGGUAAGUCGUAUCAGUGAUGCAGCACUAAAUAAAAGAGCGGUGGAAAUCCGUCCUGCAACAAGGAGGCACAUUACACGUGCAUGCACCCUAAUGAUUCCUUCGUCGUCAUAGGACUGAAAAAUUGUUGAGUACGACGUUAAACCCCAAGCACUCACUCACUCACUUACAAGUCACAAAAGCAGGAAUUAAGAAGAGAUAACACAGCUGUGA